AAGAAGAAGCCCACCACCCCCACGGACAUGUGCACUUGAGUGGGUAGCUAGCAAGUGUGUUACCUGGAUGUGUUGUUGCUAGCUAAGGAAGCUAGUGGUAUUUUUUUUUAUUUCACCUCUUCUUCUGUUUCCUGUCGCUGUUGUAAGGGAUAUCAGUUGCCCUAGGCUAGUUUACGUUACAACCAUGGAAAUUGACACACUUUUGGAGGCUUUCACGAACUUUGAGAAGAAAGGGAAGAAGGAUACCUGUCCUGCCCUGGAUCAACUUUUGUCUCAUGUCGCCAAAACGGGAGAAACGAUGAUUUCAUGGUCGCAGUUCAAAAGUUAUUUCCUGUUUAAACUUGAGAAAGUAAUGGAUGACUUCAGAACCUUGUCGCCAGACCAGCGAGAUCCAUCCAAUCCUAAUGUGGAGUACAUUCCUUUUGAGGAGAUGAAGGAAAGGAUUCUCAAAAUUGUAGAUGGGUACAACGGUAUUCCGUUCACCAUCCAGCGUCUGUGUGAGUUACUUACUGACCCUAAGAGGAACUACACUGGAACAGACAAGUUCCUCAGGGGAGUGGAGAAGAAUGUGAUGGUGGUCAGCUCUGUAUAUCCUACCUCAGAGAAAAAUGGGGCAACCAGUGUAAACAAAAUGAAUGGAGUGAUGUUCCCUGGCAAUAAUACCUCUAUUUAUUCAGAAAGGAAUAUAAAUGGACCAGGCACCCCAAGGCCACUGAACAGACAAAAGCUAUUGCUAUCCACCUCUCUUGCUACAAACGGUCUUCCUGACAGCACAGACGAUAAGGAGCCACUCACAGAACAAGAGGAGAAUGUUGUCAGUGAUUCCUCUGUAUCGGAAAGUAAUACCACAAAAAGCAGUCUGAUGAAGACCAAGCAUCCAGAAGAGGAUGCGACGGAGGCAGAGAGCCAUGAAGUGAAAAGGCUGAAGUUUGACAAAGACAUGGAUGAAGAUGAGGAGGUAGACACGGAGAUGUCCUGUCCUGAACCUGCCCAAAGCUCAUCAGACAAGCCAGAAUCGUCAACAGACAUUGUUGAGGAAGAAAAAGACAAGUCUGCUGAUAUGCUCACCACAAACGAUCAUGAACCUUCUAGCACUCAGACAGAAGAGCCCUUUGAGGAAGAGACAGCGGAGACAUCAGAGAAAGAGGCUGAGUCUGGCCCUACCAACAGUCUAAAAAGUGACAGCACCAUGGACCAGUCAGAGGGGCAGCUUGCUCAGUCAGGGAAGGAUCUACGUUUAGAGGAACAGGGGGAAGGGGAUUGCAGUGAGUCAGUCAGUAGCAGCAAUGGGGAGGGAGCACCCAGUGAAGAGCCUGUCCCAUCUUCCUCUCCCAGAAGUAAAGUUGAGUCGUCGGCAGAAGGCGCUGAUGCAGAAAACAGUUUAGAAAGCCCAGAGACCGCAGAUGAGCCCAUGGAACAGGACUAACCUGAGGGCCACCCAACAUUAUUUUACACUGUAUGAUACUGUAACACACCCAGGAGAUCUCUGUACCAAUGUGGAUCUGUAGUCUCCCAGAACAGGGGGGCUUUUUGUGAGGCCUCGAGUCUCCUCACGCCUUAUGACCCACCCACCUCCUGACGGCCAGUCUGAUUUUAAAAACGUAAUUUAAGUUUCCCUCCAGCUAGGUUUUUUUCAAGCCUGUGGCAUUCAUUUACACAUGAAAUGCCUUUAUCACUGUUAUCUGCUAUUUUAGACACCAAUUCCAAAGCUGCUUGGUUAACAUUGUGAUGUAGAAGGAUCUGUCAUUAUUCAGUGUUUGUGAUCUUCAUCUGUGGUGAAUGUUCCAUGUUUGCCGGCCCAGUUAGGUUCUCUGGAUCUGUGGGGUGCCUUGGAUUUUCCCUGGGUAAAGUGACCGUUUACAGCUGUUUUGUUUUUAGUGUGGUAGUUUUUUGCACUUUGAAAUGUAAAGUAUAGAAAACUGGCCAUGACAUCUGUAGCAUAAAAGCACUGGGAGCCCUGCUAGUUUGCUAGUCUUGCAAAGUAAACAUACAGAAACCAUGGAUUGCAACCAAUCCUCCUCAUGUACUAUGAUUGAACAAUAGAGAUAUAGCUGUGAACCAAAUGCUUUAAACUGUCCAGUGAAAAUUUCACUUUGAAAAGCUAAUAUGUUAACUUGUCCUGUUCUUGUAUUUGUGGCAAAAGCAGAAAUUAAGAGAAACACUUCAAAAACUCAACCUCAAACAGACUGUUACAGAAAUGCUUGCCAUUUCCGUUUUGGCUGAGAUGGAAUUUUUCUGUCAGAUUUGAAGUGAAGGUCCAGAACUUUUGUAUCAUUUGUUUUGAAAGUAGUGUUAAUGAGCUGAACUUGAUCCCUGCUUUUUGUGUACUCUCAUCCAUUUCGUAUGAUAUGCUACAUCCUGCUUUUAAUUUUUGUAUUCAUAUGAUAUGUUACUAAUCCAAAUCGUACAAUAUGUUACUCAUUUGUUGUGCUUAAGAUUCUGGACUGCAUCUUUAAUCAAAAGAUGUAGAAACAUGGCAUUUUAAUUAUCACAAUCUUUUAUUUGAAUGGCAUCUCUUAAACUUCAGACAUCCAUAUCAACUAAAUUCAACUUUAAAUCUCAGCACAAAAUGAUCGCUACUGCUGUCACAUGGAAUAACAAGAAGCUUGUUUUGAUUUGAUUUGGAGUGUUUACUGGCUGCUAUAUCUUGUUUCUGCAACUGUCCUUUUUAUAUAUUAGGAUUUUAACAUUUCUGUAAAGAAGAUUUUGUAGAUUGUAAUACAUGUUCACUGCCUUUGUAGAUUGGUCUUUCAACACCGUAUUCAUAUGAAGCAAUAAAUGCUAACAUUAAGUGUGA